CAGGCUACAUUACAAGGAGGCAGCUGGUGAAUAGGAUCAGAGUGGGAGAGUCGUAGAGCUAACACCGGACUAAAACAAAAGAAAGCACGGCAUGGAAUAAAGCAGGACGGCACUGAGUCGCUCGGUUUCUCUCCGUCAUUCGACCCCGGCCAAAGGACCUUAUUUCGUGCGAUUUCGCUCUUUGGUGACUGCAAUACAACAAUUCAAAAUGCGCCUGGCAGUUUGAACUGUGAUGGGGAGAGACUGUGUCGUUGUAACGUUGGAUAACGAUUGUAUUGCUUAUCUUGAGUUGAUUUCUUCACAUUUAAACUUGACGGAUAUGAUGUGUCGAUUUGUUUGGUAAGGAUAUACGUUUAAAAACAAAAGCUGAAGCGAAUCGGCGUCAGCUAGCUCGCUAGUGAAGUUAGCAUUGACAUUAGCCCGCUCCUCAUGGUGGACAUUUAAAUAAACCUCAAGUGGAUUUAUCUUUUUUGCUGGUUUUAUGUGGAAAUUACUUGAACUGCUUGAAGUUCCUUCUGAAAAAGAGCUUGUCAACACGGCGGUUCUCUUGACCUGUAAUUAUAACUCUGUCAGAGACUAUCCUCUAGAAAUGAAUCACCACGAGCGAUCCGGUGACUCCGCCAGCGCCCGAAAAAUGUUGAGUUUACCCAGACGGGAGAGCAGCAGCGGCACGGUAGGUGGUUCCCCUGCAUUGACAGCUUCAGGAAGCGCCAGCCUUAACAGUAACAACUUGAUGCAAGGGUUAGAUUAUUCACCACCUGUGAUGAUUCAGACACCGGCCACAUCCUCACUUGUGACUCAGAAUCCUCCUCAGAGUCUAAAUAUUCCUUUGCAGUCAACCCUUUUACCCCAAACUCUACCCACUGCAGUGGCACAGAUGAAAAAGAAAAGUGGCUUUCAGAUCACCAGCGUUACACCGGCUCAGACAUCUGUCAGCACCAACAACAGUAUUACAGAAGACACUGAGAGUUGUGAUGACUUGGACGAAUCACACACAGAGGAUUUGUCCUCCUCUGAGAUCUUGGAUGUUUCCCUUUCACGAGCUAACAAUCCAGGAGGACCAGAAAGGAGCUCCUCUGAGGAAACGCUGAAUAACUUUCAUGAGGCAGAGACCCCGGGGGCCGUGUCACCUAAUCAACCUCCUAUCCUAACCCAGGCACACCCACAUAGCGCUAUGGUUAAUGGAACUGUUCACCAUCAUCACAAUAAUCAUGGACAGCAUCCAUCUGAAAAGCCCCCUGCUGUAGUUGGAGCUAGUGGGGCGCAGAUAGGAAAACCAUUGGUUCCUCCAGUGACAUCUGCUGUGACCUCAAGUUCUGGAACUUUAGUAGGCACGGGCCAGAAAAUGCCUUUACAAGUGGUAGGACUUCUUGAGAACGCCUCUCUUGGAACAACCAGUUUAAUCGGUCAGCCUUUGGCUACUGUUGCCUCAGGAACUGGAAUGAUCUCUGUGGCUUCAGGUGCAACAAUUAGUACUGGUAAUCCUAUAAUAACUAAUUCUGCCGGUGUGCCUGCAUUGGGUGGCAUAAGUACCACUAGUAGCAGUGUAAAUUACUCUCCUGGAUUGAAUAGUAUCAGCAACCAAAAUGUAAAAUUGACACACAUUCAGAGUCGAAUAAUUGAUGUGGGCAUCACCAUGGCAACCACUGGUACCACUGUUUCUGCAAUGGCUUCAACAGGUGGAGGGCAGGUUGGGCCAGCUGUUGUGGGCCAGCAUGCGGUGCCCGCUUCCUCUGUCCCUCUAUUAAAUGCCCUGCCUCAGGCCCAAGUGCCUACUCCUGCCUUCACAAGCUCGCGUUUCAGAGUGGUUAAACUGGAUUCUACCUCUGAGCCUUUUAAGAAGGGUAGGUGGACAUGCACUGAGUAUUAUGACAAGGAGGCCCCCAAUGCAGCACCCUCUGAAAAUGCCCCCAGCACUCGAAGCGUGGAAAGCAUUCGGCAGUUUGUACCUGAGAGUGUGGUGUGCCUGGAGAGAGAGUCUGUUAGUGGGAUCUCUGUCAACAGUUCUGCUAGCCAUUACAAGGAGAGCCUGGGCAGUGGAGAAACUGGCGGCCCCUCAGCUGUGCAGCAAACCUUUCAGCAUCCCUCCACUCAAAUGCACGACUACUCUGCUUCUAAUAUAACUCCGAUGCCAACCCAGGACAUGCAUGCGCAUCUUAAGACUAACGUAGUAACCCCAAUGCCAGCGAGCAUUCAGCAGCAGGCCCCAGCAACUGUUGGAGGGUUGCAGACUGCUAUUGGACAUUCAUCUACUUCUGUGCCCCUUCGUAUGCCUAAACUGACAUAUGCCCAGGCAGCACAAACUUCUCCAGCUCAAACUCAGCAGCAGAUGGGCUACCCUCCUGCACAGCAGCCAGCUGCACAAGCCCAGGUAGACUUCCCUCAAUCCAAACAGAUCAUCAACACUGUGGCACCUGGAUCGCAAACAUUGCCCCAGCUGUCUGCAUCAAUCCCACCUGUAGUGGUGUCUGGAAACAGUCCGUUAAUCACCUCACAACAACCUAUGCUGACUCCCGCUGCUCAAUCACGUCUUCAAGUGCUUCUGCAGCCGCAACAAACAGCAGCCCCUCAGAUGAUCCAAGUGUCCACUGGUGGUGUCCUGCCUCAGCUUGUGCAGUCUGGGACCGGUCUCACACAGAACACCCAGGGCAAGCAGCUCCCCUCUCAACCUUCUUUGGAGCAGCUUACACAGAUCAGCGGUCAAGGCCGUGGAGCUAUGUUUAUCCCAGCCGUGACCUCCAAUCUGCCCACAUCCGGCGUGCCUCCAAACAUUCAGUGUGAUCCUCAGUCCAGUGUGAUCCAAAACGGCUCUAAGGAGCCUGGAAUGCAUCCUGUGGUUAGCGCCUUGCCCUCUGCAAUGCCAACACCACUCGAGGAUGCUCAGCUCCUUCUGUUACAGCACCAGUCACUACUGACACAACCCAAGCCGACAAGUGGUGAAUGUGUCCCCCAGGCUGCCACCGCCCGUGGUCCUGAGGGUAGCAGUGGAGUCAAUGCCUUAACUGCCUCAGCCAGCCUGCUGAAGGGCCUGCCUGUAGAUGGAGAGGAAGAUGGCUCAUCUGGUGCCAGUGUUGUGGCCAUAGACAACAAAAUUGAACAAGCGAUGGAUCUUGUGAAGAGUCACUUGAUGUAUGCUGUUCGGGAGGAGGUGGAAGUGUUAAAGGAACAAAUUAAAGAACUAAUUGAGAGAAAUUCUCAGCUUGAACAGGAAAACAACCUGCUCAAGAACCUGGCUAGUCCAGAGCAACUUGCACAGUUUCAGGCACAAGUUCAAAGCGGUUCACCACCUUCAUCCACUCAAGGAGUGCAGCCAGCUGCCCCAUCAGGCCAGCACGCAGCACAAAACUCUGGACCCUCGGCAUAGCACAGGAGGAAUGUCCCCUUUACAGACAACGAGUGGCCCAAAACAUAAGUAAAACAGACUGAAGCUUAUGAACAAACAUUUCUCACUCGCAUGUAGACUGACAAAAUUUGCACACCUUUCAAAACGUGAUAUUUGUCGUACACACCAUUGACAAUCCAGUUGGCUGUUGACUGAUGUUGGAUGUUGCCAAAAUCCAUGGAUUGUCAGGUGGAAGAAAAUAAUCCAAGAGGACACAAUGUUAAAAAUCCACUGUGCCUGUGUCUAAAGUAAUUUUGGUUUUCAGUUCAGGCUGUUUUUCGUGUCUCACUUACCUUUGUAGUGUAAAUGCUGACUGCGAUCUUUUAAGACUGUAAGCUUAUAUUAACAAGCACUUUGACGGUGACGAAUGUGAUAAACUCUGCCUAUCUGGGCCCCAUCUGGCAUGGGGAAGGUGGAUGCAAAGAUGACUUGCAUAGUUGCAUAGGUUUAAUUAUGCUACUUCUUUGAAUGAAGAAAAGGAAGAGCUGUUUUGCUUUAAAUCCUCAUUCUUUCUCUUGCAAAUUCAAGGCUGCUUAUCUGUGCAGUUCUGCAUGCAAGAAUGAUAGGUGAGAAAGCUGUAUGCUCAUUCUUUCUCUUGCAAGUUCAAGGCUGCUUAUCUGUGCAGUGAUACAUGCAAGACUGAUAGGUGAGCAGUGAGCUGAAUUUUGAGGCGGACAUGCUAAUGUAAACUAUUGUAAGAUGAGUGUAAGUAUUUUGUAAAAUAGCAAUAUCAUGCGAGACAGUUAAAGAGACAUGAUAUAGGUUGUACAGAUAGAGGCAUAGCUUUUGGCUUGCCCAGAUGAUGUCUUUUUAAUGCUGUUAAAACGAGAUCUGUCUUGUGAUAUUUAUCUGACAAUUGGAAACUACUCAUCUAACACAUACUGUUCACUACUUGGUUCACCAGAAAUGAUUUGAAGUAUUACACCGAUGUGAUUUCAGAUUUGACAGUGAAGUGUUUUGGAUCAAUCUUUUAACCUACAGUUACUCUUGACUAUCAAAUAGCUGACAAGAUUUAGCAUUGUGUACAAGUUGUAUGCUUAUGUUCUGUGCAUGUUCUCAAACCAGGAGAUAAAUGUAAAAUACUGUAAUAGCACUUGCCAGUUGCACUUCACAUCUCUCAAUAAAGUCAUGUUUGUGAACAUUGUUGAGAACAAUC